AUGAGGUCAGUUGAGAAAUUAAAAAAUUCUAACCCGGCAAGAUGGUGGAAAGAAGUGAAAGCCAUUGGUGGUCUCUCGUCAAAAAAUUCUUGGUAUUCUCAGCUAUUUUCUGAUGAUGUUCGGAAUUGCGAAGAACUGGCCGAAAAUUUUAAUAACUUUCUUACUGCCCUUACAUCACAUUUUGACCCUCUAACUCUCGACGAAAUCCAGGAGGGCCUAGAAGUACCAAACCAUUACCUCGUUGACGCCCAACAGAUCUAUAUGAAACUUAGUAAAAUUAAAACCACAAAAUCACCGGGUCCUGACAUGUUUCCAAAUAAAAUCCUGAAAACAUUUGCCUUUGAGCUUGCCCCAGUUAUCUCAGACAUUUUCAACUCAUCCAUGACACAAGGCACCUUCCCAAAGGCAUUGAAGAGAUCUAUUGUAGUGCCUGUCCCUAAGGUAUCACCCCCAAAGAGUAUUGAAGACGACCUACGACCAAUAUCUUUAUUUAACAUCCCAGAUCGCCAAAGUUAUGGAGGAUUGUACUUUGGACAAUUUUUUUCCUGAAGUUGUAAAUAAACUUGACACCAAACAAUUUGCACUCCCAAAGAAAUCAACGACCCACGCUUUGGUCUACCUUUUACAUUCAAUCUUGGUUGCUCUUGAGAGAGGUUCCUGUACUGCCAGAUUGUUCUUUGCAGAUUUCAAGAAAGGUUUUGACCUAGUAGACCACAAUGUUAUUAUUAAAGAAUUAACCCUGCUUGGUACCCAUCCCUCUAUAAUUCGGUGGAUUAAAGCCUUCCUCUGCGAUCGCGAACAAUGUGUCCGGGUGGGAACUUCUAUGUCCUCUUGGAAGAAAACAAAUGGUGGCUUGCCACAAGGUACAAAGUUGGGUCCAUUAUUGUUUGCUGUUCUCAUUAAUUCCUUACUCAAAAACUGGCCCAGUAGGAUCAAGUUUGUGGAUGACACCUCAGCCCUAGAGAUUAUACCACGUUUUUCAUCCAGUUUAAUGCCAUUAGUCGUAAAUGAAAUCUCGGACUACGCCUUAGAACGUGGAAUGGAACUAAAUUAUAAGAAAUGCAAACAAAUGUUGAUCAACUUUCUUAAAUAUAAAGGAUCUGAUGAUGAAAACCCGAUCUAUGUUGCAGGUAAACCGGUGGAAACUGUGUCCUCUUUCAAACUCCUAGGUGUAUGGAUAUCAAACGACUUGUCAUGGAAUACUCAUGUCGACAUGGUAUUGAAAAAGGCAAAUUCUCGCUUAUACGCAUUGCGUCUGUUAAAAAAGGCUGGUCUUCAAGCAUCUGACAUCGUCCAAAUAUAUAUCUCAUUCAUCAGAUCCAGAAUUGAAUAUGCAUCCCCUGUAUGGUCGUCAAUACCUAAAUCAUUAUCUGACAUUCUCGAAUCUGUUCAAAAGAGAGCAUUGAGAAUAGCUUAUCCAGAUCUGUUAUAUGAUGAAGCCCUUGAAAUUUCAAACUUACAGUAUCUGAGUACUCGUAGAGACAUCUCUUGCAAGAAAUUCGUCGAAUCUCUGCGACGUGAUGUUUCACCCUACAACCCUUUGACCCAAAUUAUGGAAAUUCGUCCCGGGGUAAAAACUCAUGAUUAUGACUUAAGGAAUGACAGAACGGCCGAACAACCUUUAUGGUCAGAAACCACUGAACGGUUAAAAAACUUCGUGACUAGGAAAUAUUAUUAG